AUGGGUGAGGCUGUGCCCCAGAGUGCCCCAGACAAAGGCGCCUUCUUCCCCCUCCCCCUGUCCCCCUGCAUUCCCACGCUUGCACCUUCAUCGAUCAAUAUGACGGAGACUCGCUUGUUUCUUGCCCCGCAGCCUCCUGAUGGCACAAAGCUGGAGAUGGACUUUCUGGACUCAACUUUCUUCAAGACUCCCGGCCAGCGGCUGCCGACGCCAGCACAAGUCCGGGCCCUGUCAACAGAUAUAUGCACGAGCGCUCAACCAAAACCUAUUAUCUUCAGAAACCCAAAUAUCUUCGUCAAGUUUGGUCGCUACGUUACUGUUGCAGAAGCGCAGUGCCUUUGGAUGGUUCAGCGGGCCUUUCAAGGCACUGUGCCGGUUCCUGAACUUUUCGGAUGGCGUGUAGACGACGAGGGCUACGUAUUCAUUUAUAUACAGCUCAUAGAAGGACAGACGUUACUUGGUCGAUGGGAUGAUCUUCACAGCGCAGACAAAGAAGUAAUGUGCAAUCAGUUAUACGAAAUCAUUAGAUCUCUACGUCAACUUAGCCCAAAGUUCGGCAAGUACAUUGGAUCUAUCAACCGCCAAAAAGUUCCCGAUUACGUCUUCCAGUCACUAACAGAAGCCGGGCCAUUCCCAAACAUAAAGGAAUUUAACGAUUGGUUCUCCUCCUUGCCCCAAUCGCGGCUUCCGGCGUCCCUCAAAUAUAAAGAUCCCUAUAGGGACCUCUUGCCUGAUGACGGAGACAUCAAAUUCACACACGCCGACCUUCACCGAGGUAACAUUAUGAUAUCUUCGACCGCGCCCUUUCGAGUCAUUGCCAUCGUCGACUGGGGUCAGGCAGGCUGGUAUCCAGAUUAUUGGGAGUACUGCAAAGCUCUCUACACCUGCUGGUACGAGGAUGAAUGGCGUCGGGACUGGAUUGACAAAUUUCUAUAUCCACGACUGCAGGAGUUUGAGGUCUUCUCGGAAUACACCAUGGCGAUCGGUGCUGUCUAAAUUGACCUUGUACCGGAUAAAAGCCGCCUUCGUCUAUAGAAGACGCCUGCCGAAGACUUUCAAGAGAUGGGUACAACUUUACAAGAGGGUUCCUUAGACACAGACCUAGGGUACCAAGAUUGAACUUUGCGUAAGUGUAAAUAAGUGACAAGUCCACUAGUACAGAUAGUCAAGGGAGCCAAAAUACAACAAGCAAGACCGAGACAAAUCCGGCUAUCCAGGAUAUACCAAAAUCAGCCAUCAUCACUCCCCAAUACAAGUUCCUGGGCCAUUUUGCUUUUUUGGUCGAUAUGUAGGCUUGUAUGUUCAGUAACAGAGUAAGAAAUUUAACUUGAGCUGUUUAU